CACCAUCACCAUCACCACCCUGCUCCUCCUCCUCAUCAUCAUCAUCCUCCUCACAGUCACCAUCCCCACCAUCCCCACGGCCGCCGUGUCCUGGGCAGCAGCGGCACCGCGCAGCUUUGAAGAGGAUUCCAAUCUUGUGACCCACAGCAGUUGUUCUCCUGGAGAAAAUCCAGUUUCCUGUGCCACCAGCUCCACCAGGAACCAUGGAGAAGUUUGUAUCAGAAAGGCCUGUUCCUGUGUCCAAGAACGAAAUCCCUACUCUUCCUUCCCAGAAGAAGCCAGAUACAAACUCAUGCCCUCAUGCACCUGCUAAAUAUGUUAUCUCUGGUGGGGUGGACACGGAGAGCUGCAAGGCUAAUGAGAAGGAGAGGCAGUGGAUCCGCCCUGAUACCCCCAGCAAGUGCACCUGGAAGCUUGGCAAGCCCCUCUCUGCCUCCCCCCAUCAUCACACCACCCUGCCAGAGCCCCCGAAGAUCCUGCCAAACAUCCUGAAUAAAGUUGGCAACACACCUAUGGUGCGGAUCAACAAGAUUGGGAAGCACUUUGGGCUCAAGUGUGAACUCUUGGCCAAGUGUGAGUUCUUCAACGCCGGGGGCAGCGUGAAGGACCGCAUCAGCCUCAGGAUGGUGGAGGAUGCUGAGAGGGCUGGCACCCUGAAGCCUGGGGACACCAUCAUAGAGCCAACCUCUGGCAACACAGGGAUCGGGCUGGCCCUGGCAGCAGCAGUGAAGGGGUACCGCUGCAUCAUCGUCAUGCCAGAGAAAAUGAGCAUGGAGAAGGUGGAUGUCCUGAGAGCUCUGGGUGCUGAGAUUGUGAGGACCCCAACUACAGCCAGGUUUGAUUCUCCUGAAUCUCACGUUGGAGUGGCCUGGAGGUUGAAGAAUGAAAUCCCCAAUGCACACAUCCUGGACCAGUACCGCAAUGCCAGCAACCCCCUGACCCACUAUGACACCACAGCUGAGGAGAUCCUGCAGCAGUGUGAUGGAAAGGUGGACAUGGUGGUGGCCACGGCUGGCACAGGGGGAACCAUCACUGGCAUCUCCAGGAAGCUGAAGGAGAAGUGCCCAGGGUGCAAAGUCAUAGGUGUGGAUCCUGAAGGCUCCAUCCUUGCUGAACCAGAAGAGCUGAACAAGACUGACAAGACAAUGUAUGAAGUGGAAGGAAUUGGAUAUGAUUUUGUCCCCACAGUGCUGGAUAGAUCUACAGUGGACCAGUGGUACAAGAGCAAUGAUGAGGAGUCCUUUGCCCUGGCUCGGAUGAUGAUCCGCGAGGAGGGGCUGCUGUGUGGUGGCAGCUCGGGCAGUGCCAUGUCUGUGGCUGUGAAGGCAGCCAAGGAGCUGAAGGAGGGCCAGCGCUGUGUUGUCAUCUGCCCUGACUCCAUCAGGAACUACAUGUCCAAGUUCUUGAGUGACAAAUGGAUGAUUCAGAAAGGGUUCAUGAAAGAAGAAGACCUUGGCAACAAACCUUGGUGGUGGAACAUCAGCAUUCAGGAGCUGAGCCUCUCUGCCCCCCUGACUGUGCUUCCCACUGUUACCUGUGCCAAGACUGUGGAGAUUCUCCGGGAGAAGGGAUUCGACCAGGUACCAGUUGUUGAUGAAUCUGGGGUGAUUCUGGGCAUGGUUACCUUGGGUAACAUGCUUUCCUCACUGCUUGUUGGGAAAGUUAAACCUUCUGAUGAAGUCAGAAAAGUAAUCUACAAGCAAUUUCAACAGAUUAACCUGAAAGACAACCUGGGGAAGCUCUCUCACAUCCUGGAAAUAGACCACUUUGCUCUGGUGGUUCAUGAACAAAUUCAAUAUCACACGGAUGGCUCCUCCAGCAAGAGGCAGAUGGUGUUUGGCAUCGUCACAGCCAUCGACCUCCUGAACUUCGUGACGGCGCGGGAGCGGGAGAGGAAAUCCAACUAAAGCCAGGCAGCAGCCUGGAGCCCCUUCAGCCUCUUCCAGCCUCAAACAAAGAAUCAGGUCCAGGUCUUGAAUAGAAUGUUUUGGGGUUUUUUUUUUUGUUUUGUUUUGUUUUGUUUGUUUGCUUUUGGUUUUUUUUUUUUUAACUCUGGAAAUAAGCAGUUCGCUCUCCUGGUGUCAGCUGUCCAGCCAAUGUGUCUUGCUGCAUUGCCCAGCUUCUGGGACUUGUUUCUUAAUCAGGUUAAGCAGUAUUUCUUAUCAAGACAAUUUAUUUUUUUACCUAUAUAUAUAUAUGUAUAUGUAGAAAAUAUUGCCUAAAUUAACUGGUUUGUUCCUUACUCGUUAUGUCUGAAGGCUGGCUUUCCAAAAUGUUUCAGAAUCAUCAUAUUGAAAUAAAGAGUUACUGAAGCAGAGGCCCAAGAGAGCUCUGGAAAGUUCUGGAUUUUUUUUCCGCUCCAUUCAAGGGUGUUAAGUUAGAUAUUACCUGUAUGGAGACAAAAUUGGGACUGGGGCAUGGGCAGAAGAGAGGAGAGUUUCCCUUUUGGUGGCAUAAUUGUAAAACUAGAGAAAAUCCUGAAGCUGAGACUUGCUCCAACCAUCUGCUCUGGGGAAAAGCUGGUUUGAGCAGAAGCAAGGCAGUGAAGUGACAAACAUAAAUCAGUGACACUGUUUUACACAGUGCACCAGCUUUCCCUGCCAUGACAGACCUAUUUUUUCCCCCAGUGUUAUCCUGAUAAGGAAGCACAAGUGGAAAAAUUUAAAAGGUAAGAUGAAGCACCUUGCCUGAAAGUUUUUUAAAAUAAUUCUGUUUCAUCCAUUCCCUUCCUCUUCCCUCCCCACCCUCUUAUUUGUCUCAGAGUGCCUUUUUUGUGCCUGUUUCAGAAGAGCCAAGGAUAAUCUGUCAAGAGCUGUGAACUCUUCCAAGUCUUGUUCAGGCACUCCUACCCUAUAGUGCCUUAUUGCAGGAGAUUGCAUUGAGAUUUUUCAUAAUUUGAAAAAGCCCCUUCAGAUUAUUGCUGAAGGAAAGUGACCCAUCCUUACCUUAAACUGUGGUCAGCCAUUAAGUUCAUACACUUCUUUAAGAUUUUAAAGUCUUUAAGAUUUUAACUUUCCCCAAGGCUCUGGGGAAAAACUACUAUAAAUCUAAAAAUGUACAACUUCAAUAGUAAUUGAAUUGUUCUGAAGGGUGAUUAAUUUCUUUCUGCCAUUGUAGAUGUCACUGCUGCUAGAUUUUGGCAUUACUUUGGAUAUUUACUUCACUGGCUUUUAUCUGAUCUUUGUUUUCCCCCAUUUUCCAUCUGACCUACACUGACAGCAGCAGGGAGGGAGGUGCUUGAGUAGCUGAGGUUUGUCCUUUUCUCUUGUAAAACCUCCUAACCUAACUGAAAAGCUCAUGACUUAACUGAAUUCAGAAAAAAAAAAAAAAAAAAAAUGG